CACACACACACACACACACACCAACACCAAAGUGAUGCCAACCACUCCAUGACUGGGCGGUAUGUCUGUCGAGGCGGUAUAAUCUAAAACCAACCCGGGAUUUUAUGGAGCAGUGGAUGUGUUGACUGAGAUGCGACGGUGCAUGAAAAAGACACUUCGUCUCCACGGUGGGCUGAACUAUGAUCGGCGAUAAACGAGCAGAGGAACACGGAGAGAGAAAUCUGAGUCACUAUAAUCCAUCUGGACGUCGGGGGAGAAGAUGAGGACCGUGAUGGCUUCGAUGAAAACAGCAUUAUUCGUAUUUCUACACGGGGUGCUCCAGACCACCGUGUGUCGCGACGUAACUCUUCCCCCAGGAAUCCUCUACCGCGUUGCAGGGUUCCCCCUCUCCCUGCCCUGUGCCGUAUCAGGGUACGAAGGCUCACGUACGCAGGAGUUUGAGUGGUUCCUGUACAGAGAUGACUCUGGUGGGAGGCAGAUGGGAGUGGUGUCCACCAGGGACAAUGGCUUCCCUUAUGCCCCGUUUCAGGCCCGGGUGCACAACAGGGAGGUAAGGGUGGAGAGGGACUCAGGGGACAAGGUCCGGCUGGUGAUCCAGAGACUCAGGGCCGAAGACCAGGGGAAGUAUGAGUGCUACACACCAAGCACGGACAGCACCUACCAGGGUAGCUACAGCGCAACAGUGCCUGUCAAAGUGAUCCCUGACACACUCCAGAUCAGCUAUUCCCGCUCACUCACUGGCCAGCCCGUGCCAGAGGGUGCUGAAUUAACUCUAACAUGCUCAGCCGGCAUCCAGUCGGAGCAGCUCACCCAUCUGUCCAUCACGUUUGGGAAGCGUAGUGGUGGAGAGGGUUUGGAGAGUGGAGCAGGAGGGGACCGCACCGUUAGAGAGAUUAUCUCCAUCGACAAGAUGCUGGGGGUCGUCCCCGGACUUUCAUACAAGAAGCGUUACGACGACGGAGAGAUCACGCUGGAGAAAAGGAACGGGGAGGCUGGACUUGAUGUAUACGUGAUGAAGAUGAGAGGUGUGCAGCCAGAUGACACCGGCUCGUAUUUCUGUGAGGCCUCGCAGUGGAUUCUGGAUCCUGAUCGAUCAUGGCAGAAGAUCGCACAAAGGACGCUGGACAUUGGCAACUUGACUGUGCAGCAGCUAGUGGAGUCUAUGAGUGUAACAUCCUCGCCCAGAGGGGAGGUGACCUUGCAGGUCGGUUCCCCUCUCAUCCUGACCUGUGAGGUGUUGGGGCUGCCAUCUGAAGUAAGCUCGGGCCUGCUGGUUAAGUGGAUGAAGAGGGGAUCUGUAAGAAGCGAUGUAGCUGGGACCGGAGGAGUUGAGGUGGAGGUGGCCAGAAUGAGCCCAGAUGGUGUUGUGAGCUGGGGGGACGACCUCAGCCGAGCUAGUGGGGGAUCUAUGGAGAAAGUGGCAGAGGGGAGGUACUCUUUGAAACUAUUCUCAGCCCGCCCCUUAGACUCAGGGGUGUAUCGGUGUAUGGUGAGUGUGUACGCUGGAAGAAGAAACCCUGGACCGUCUACUCCUGCAACACUCACCCAGAGGUCUGAGGGAGUCACCAUAAACCUCAAGACCAAAGAUGUGCUAGUUUCCGCUGUAGCUCGGAUUCCUCGAGGCCCCCUGUUAAAAAGAGGCAGCACCAUCACCCUGAUCUGCAACGCCACCGUGACAACCACAGGUCCCGCCCAGGCACAGGUGCAGUGGCUGCGGUGGCCAAUCCCUGAACCAGUUACUAAGAAGAGACAGAGUCCAGCAUCUGAUAUCACUCUACCAGAGCCCACUGUUGAGGAAAAACCCAGACUGGUAGCUGCCCUCAUGUACGACGGUGUUGCAAAGAUCUAUGCCAACGGCAGUGAUGUUAGCGUCGACCGCUUGUCAGCUGUCAGCUACAGACUGAGGGUCCACACAGCAACAAUGGAUGACCAGGGCAUGUAUACGUGUCAUGCCGAGGCGUGGGGGCGGGACCCACAUGGGGGCUGGUACAACACAGGGGCCAAAGCGGAGUCAAAUGCAGUGACUGUGUACCUGUAUGCUAGAGCUGCUGACCUCCUGCUCAUCCCUUUGGUUGUCGGAGUCUCCUCUGCCUUGUUUGUAGGCAUCGUGAUCAUCGCAACAGUAACCUGUUGCUUUAUGAAGCAACUGGCAAGGCAGCGUGCUCAAAAAUAGGCGUCCCCUGUCACUGCCUGUCUGAAUUUUCGCAACGAGGCGCAAAGAGGUGACGCACAGAAUAUAAUGGAUGAAAUGGCCAACAAAUAAAUAAAGGGAAACAUGGCACCCUGUUAGAUGAUUUUCUGUGUUUUGACCUACCUAUUUAACAGUUAAUGCCAAAAGAUUAUAUUUUAUAAUCUCUUGUAUUUUUAUAUUCAAACCUCUGAAAACAACAAUUUUAGUGAUUGCUGCGACAAGUAACCAGUAGGUAGAUUUUUGAAGCCACCAUCCAAUGACCCCUCUCCACUCCUCAAGUUUUUAGUUUCCUUGGAAGUCAAAACCCACAUUUUUAAUGAUCCCUUUGUCCCAGCCAAUCACUCUGUUUCGACUGGAAAAGGGUCAAAAUACACACACGCAAGAUUUUUGUGACAAGGUCAAAAGUAAAGAAAGUACUGUGGUUUGUUUUGUGUCUGUCUAAAGGUCAAGAAAACUGACUACUCAGAAGUCAUUGUUUGAUUGUUACAGUGUGAAGGUACCCUAGAAGGAUCUCAGCCUAUCAGAUGUUUUGUAUGAUGCAAGAUGUAGAUCUUCCUACAUUGAGUAAUGUUACUAUUUUCACACAAAGAAAGAAUAUCCUGUGUUUUCAGAUCCAGUUGUUUUGUUUUUAUUACAACAAUGUCUAAAUGUCUUUGCAUGGUUUAAGCCUCUAGCACUGCCACUGACAGUCACAUGAAUGCUGAUGGGAGCAGUUAAGCCCCCAGAAACCGCCUGCAGCCCCCCCCCCCCCACAUGUAAAAAGUGUCUGUUCUGUUACUUAAUAAGGAAGGCGCUGGCUGGGGACAUUCUGAUGCCAAGACCAAUUGAGUACCAAUUCUAAACACAAGCAUUCAUUGUCUGUGACGCUUCAAUGCUGUAGUGAGUUUUCUAUAUGGACUUGAAUAGAUUUGACAGAAAGAAAUGGAAGACAAAUCCAUUAUGCACUGAGCUAAAAUAUGUGAAUACUGUAUGGAGUUUAGCUGUUUUAUUUUUCUUAAUGUAAGUAAGACUAUGCUGUAGCGCCAUGUUAAUAUUUGGCAAAGUGUGGUUAACAUUCUGCAGCAGUUUGUUCUGCUCUUUUUGAAGCACUCUGGGGGAAAAAUGGGACUGGGACCAAAGCUCCUUGGUACCCUUCUUUUACUUGAUCUUCUUCCAGCUGAAAAGCCACUUCUUUGCUGUACUUGAGCGAGUACUUUUUUCCCCCUUCCUGGCAAUUAAUUGUUCCUUUGCUCUUGUCAAGUGACUGAGAUAGACAAAUAGUACUGUGAAAAAGGCUCCGGUUUGUUACACUGAAUACCAGAAAAGUGUUGCAUCACGUUGUUUAGGAUACUUCUCCCCGAGGUGAAAAUUUCUUAAGCAGUGCAGUCAUAUGACCUUUAGUGAAGUCUCACUAUUGUCCUCAUCAUAGUUAUCAUGUGGUUCAGGCCACACAUUUCUGCUGCCACGAGCUAUUAUGACCAUAGCCCCCUCUGCUCGCCCACAGAAAUCUGUUGGACAGAUUUACUGUGUUGCCGCACUAAUGAGUGAAAUCCAUCCUCCUCUUCCUGUUGAAAGUAACACUUGUGAAAAUGUUGGUCAUGCGACUGUGCCUGCUUGUUGUGAUUGUUUAAAGUUAGAUACGUGUUUGUGGAAAGGAGGAGGAAAGUAACAUUUGUUGUGAUCCAACCCGUGGCUCUCGCAUGAGAUUAUUUCAGGUCAUUUUUCCUGCUUUUCCACAUUUGUUUGAGCUGAGCUAUACUUUACUGUUUCAGUGUGAGUUUACUGUCUAUCUAUCUGUCUCUACCUCCUGGUUGUUUUUCAAUGUAAGAGUCCCUCUAAAUCUGCCUGUCCUUCCUAACCUGUGCUCUCUAAACCCCCCGAUUAUAAAUGUUGUUCACGAACAUUAGGGAAUAAAAUCACAGCUCUGCUUGCUUCCUGAGCCACUUUGUUCCAGAUCAACUACUCAAAGCUGAUUUGUUCCUCCACAUGUCCACCCACCACAUGAUCACCCCCACACACACACACACAAAUGCACGUGCAUAGCAUAGCAUAGCAUAGCAGCAGCAGCACAAUGCUGGCUGGCUGGCAUUUCAGAUGGAAGUAAGCGAGUAUCUGCGUGUUCAUCUCUAAUCCCUGUUUAUGGAUGCAGUGUGUGUCCCACUGCCCUUCCCCCAUCUCUCAGUGUGUUACAGUCGGUGUGGCCCGUAUAUGAUUCAUUUCAAACUCUGUUCCCAGAGAAUUACAGCCAGCCGUAAAAAGUUUAGCACAUUACUUGCAAAGUUUGAAGGCUGCUGUUUAAGUUGUGCUUUUGCUUGAAGAUGUAUUAAACCCUUUUCAUGAAGAUGUUAUGUUCUGUUUGAAUUGUUUACUCAUGCUUUAAUACCACUGUUCCUGAAUGCAUCUUGCUGCCAUUCAAAUAUAUAAAGGCGGGUUAUUGCUCAGUUUGUUUAUUAUGGUGCUUUGGCAAUCCUGCCAGUUGAUAAACCAAUAAACCACUCUGGAUUUAUAAUGUCA